GCCUAUCAACAUACAUGACAGAUUGAAGCCCCCCAAAAAACACGCCAUCGUUGGUUAGCAGAGAAGCAAACCAAGGGCGAUCCAGAUUACAGAUUACUUCUUCUUCAUCUCUGAGUAAAGAGAGAGAGAGAGAGAGAGAGAGAGAGAACCUGAAGUGGUCCAAGAACAGUCCCCCACCCCACCCACUUUCCCUGCAGCUUUAUUAAUGACCGGUGCUACCUUACUACGACGGUAACAGUAUUCACCGACACCACGCUGCAACACACUGAACCAAUGAAGGACGCAGUUGAAGAAGAAGAAGAAGAAUCACUUAAUAAGACGAAGAAAAAUACUGAAUUGCUCCCUGUAUUAUUAUAACUUCGAUUUAUCCAUCCGACCCGAUUCGACCGAUCAAAGGCAAUCUUCCGUAGAUCGACGGCAUUUAUGUAACUGAAAGAUAGUCUUCUACUCCUAAUCCUCGACGAUCGAAGGAACCAAAUGAUCUCACAGGCGGUGGAUGCCACGUGUCGAAGCCGCAGGCAGAGAGAUGUCAUUCGAAUACUGAUGGUGGUCGGCUUUUAGUGUGUGCCUGCUGACUUUUUUUGUGGUUGACCGGAUGCACGAAUUCCCUCGCAAUCCCUCCGAAAAUUAAAUUCCCUUGGAAGAAUGACAUGUCCACGGCAUUCGUCCUCCGAUGAGUCCGUCAUAUGCUGUGCUAAGGGUGCCGAAGAAGAAUUCCUAGAAACAUUUUGCCUAAGAAUAUGUGUUGGGUUUUGGAUAUACCAAUCUUUGAAUUCUAUCAAUAUGCAGCGGAGGAAAGAAUGAGAUGCGAACCCCAUCGCGAAGGGUUCGGAUCAGCUGCUGCUGAUGUGUAUAUAUAUAUAUAUAUAUAUAUAUAGCAUGCAGACGACGAAGACUGCACUCAUCCCCCUCUUGACGACGCCUGUUGUCGUUGGAAUUCGAUGGAAGAAACACUACGCGCGGCCAAGCAGCGCAGAAAGCGGAACAAAUUCCACUUCCGGUUGAAGUUCUGGAAAUCCACCCCGAGAUCACCAAAACCUGCGGCCCCGUUACCUCAACCCCCACCAGAAUCCCACCCACAAUCGCCGACGCCUACUCAGACGGAACCUACUUCACGUUCACCUUCCUCUUCCUCGUCGCCGUCGCAGUCACCGUCGCCGUCAGCAUCGAGGAGAUUCGAUGAAGGACCUGAAGGACAACCACAACAAGGGACUUCUUCGCCGAGGAGACUCUCUCCGCCUUCCAGCCCAUCGAGAGAAACUCCCGCUCCACCGGAAUCAACUCAGGGAGUUUCUCAAACUCCAUCAUCAGCCAAGCCUGAAAUGACCACCACGGAACCAAAGUCCCCGAGUCAUCCGCAAGAAACCCAAGAGCCCCAGGAAUCAUAUCCUGGGAAGCCAUUGGAACCGCAAUCAGAGUCCCCAAGCCAUCAGCAAGAAACUCAACCCCAAUCUUCCGAAGCUCAACCUCCAAAACCAUUGGAGCUACAAUCGAAAUCCCCGAGUCAUCAACAAGAAAUCCAACAGCCUCAGGAAUCCCAUCCUCCCGGAGUCCAAGCUCCAGAAACAUCGGAACCACAGCCAACUCAUCAGCAAGAAACCCAGCCUCAAGAAUCUCAUCCUCCUCCCCCAGGCCAAGUUCCAGAAACAUUAGAACCACAACCAAAGUCCCCGAGUCAUCAACAAGAAACCCAGCCCCAGGAAUCCUCUUCUUCCCAAACCCAAUCUCCAGAACUAUUAGAAUCACAACCAGAAUUCCCAAGACAUCAGCAAGAAACUCAGCCCCAGAAAUCCCAAUCUUCCGAUGCUCAAGCUCUAGAACUAUUGGAACUACAAUCCAAGUCCCCGAGUCAGCAACAAGAAAUCCAACGACCCCAGGAAUCCCAUCCCCCCCAAGUCCAAGCUCCAGAACCAUUGGAACCACAACCAAAGCCCCCGGCUCAUCAGCAAGAAGAAUCCCAGCCUCAAGAAUCUCAUCCUCCCCAAGUCCAAGUUCCAGAAGCACUAGAACCACACCCAAAGUCCCCAGUUCAUCAACAAGAAACCCAGCCCCAGGAAUCCUAUCCUUCCCAAGUCCAAUCUCUAGAGCUAUUGGAACCACAACCAGAGUCCCCAGGACAUCAGCUAGAAACUCAGCCCCAGGAAUCUCAACCUUCCGAAGCCCAAGCUCCUGAAUUGUUAGAACCACAACCAAAAUCCCCAAGUCAUCAGCAAGAAAUCCAACCCCAGGUAUCCCAACCUCCUGAAACACUAGAAUCACAACCAAAGUUAUCACCCCAACAGCCCCAGGAAUCCCAAACUCGAGAAAUACAAAAAUUACAACCAAAGUCACCACCCCAGCAGUCUCAGGAAUCCCAGCCUUCUCAAGCCCAAGCUCCGUUACAAAUGGAACCAAUACAAGAAAAACUAGAAACAGAUGUCGAGAAAAAGGAAAUUGCAGAACCCUCCAAACCUGCACAGCAAACUCUAAUGGAGGAAAAACCUAGACAGGAUGUCGAAGAUAACACAAAAGAAGAUACUGAAAUCACAAUAGAGAUGAGUCAUGGGAGCCAAGAAUCAGAAGAAAGGAUCAAAGACCAACCAAAGCCCCCAUAUACUAGGGAACCUGAUGGUCUCAGAGGAAAACGGCACGCUACGUCGGUGGCCGAUAUCCCACGGGCCUCAGCAAUCCUCGGAGGAGAUGAUUUCCAAAAGGAGAGCGAGGGUGAGGAUGUCCGGAAGCUGAAUAUUAGGCACUCACCCCAUGCGGGGAGUGAUCACGCAACAAGCAUGAUAACCUUAGCCGGUGAGAAUGAAGGUGCGUCCAUGUACAUCGGACGCAAGAUAUCACGAAAGGCAGGUAUUCAGAAAGAGCAUCAGAUAGACGAGCACCCGAGUGCAGAAGAAGGCGACGGUAAGAACGAAAUAUCUCAUCAGACGAGCAAUGAAGUUGCAUCAAUCACAGGAGUGAAUAGCAAUGUGCAGAGCGUCAACAACUCGCUACUUCGUGAAAGCUCCUGCAGCCAAGGGGAUCCAGGAGUUCACUUCUUCUUUUCCAUCAAAACCAACUACGCCCGUUAAAUCGAAGAUUGAGAUAGGAUCAACCCAAUCUUCGGAGACUGCUCCGGUAAGUACCAAGAAGGGAUGUAUGUACCAGAGAAACCUUCUCUGGUACACAGAGGAGGGCAGAGCAAGCAGAAGAAACGAUUUGAUUAGCUAUGGUUGUCAUCGAUAUAGCUCUGAUGAGACAACAACAAAAUAAAAACAAGGCCUAUGGCCAACCAAGCUGACAUCUAUAAACAAGAUCUAUAAAUUCUCUAGCUACAACA